AUGUCGGCCCCGCGGACGAAGCGCCCCUUCGCCGGCGCAUCAAGCGACCCAACCCAGCGCCAAAUCACAUCCUUCUUCACCACCCGUUCCGGUCCAGCACCCCCAGCUGAGUCCUCGCCUACCCCGGCCUCCGACAUCCUCCCCUCCGAAGUACAGUCCAACCUCCUCUCCGUCGGCAUGCGCGUGCGCAAGUCCGUGCCCGAGGGCUACAAGACGGGCACCUACAGCGGCUUCAAGCUGUGGAGCGAUGCCUCGGACCACCGCGAUCCCGUCGUCCGGACGACCAAAGCCGCCGGCACCUUGAAUAACUCCACAUCCACCGCUACCCGCCGCAGCGCUGCGGCCCAGCUUGAGCUUAUGCCGUUCUGCGGCAUCAACAAGGUCGGCGGUCUAGCGAGCCAGCCGGCGCACGCCAGCGAGGAGGAGGACUGCGUGCCUAGCUUAGACGACAUGCCGGGUCUGACCAGCUCCCAGGAGACCGUCGAGAGCGUGGAGGACACGGCUAGUGACCCGCGGAGCAAGAAGCGUUUCUUCGCCGACGAGGACACCAACGGGCCUGUUCAGGUAUGGACUAGCCGCACGGCAUCGCUGGAGAGCGAACUUGGCUCGCGUAGCCUGACUGCGUCCGGGUGGGCAAAUGCCCGUCCAUUCGCGGUGCCGAGGAAGAGCCGCCGUAAGCCUGAUGUCGAGCAGGAGAACUUGGUCGUCGACGACUUUGACGAGGCCGACUUUCUCGUCUCGCCGGACGCCGAUAUGAGCGAUGCAUAG